AUGAUAAGGCGGUCGCCCAGUAGGAACUACAGAUCCAGAGGCGUCACUGUAAAGCAGGCGCUGCAGAUUAUUCUGUUUUUAGGUGUUUGCUUCUGGUUGAUCUAUCAGGUUAAGCACUCGCAUGAUAAGAAAAAGGAAUUUGUUGAGAAUGAUGCAAAAGUGUCAGUUGGAACUCAGACUCUGAAACUUGGUAGAAAAGAUCUUCAUCUGGGUAAGGAUGAAGUAGUUCAAAAUGAAAGGCGUGAGAAAGAAGAGAAUAAUGUAGAGGAUGAAGAUAAGCAUGAACACGAUGAACAUGAAGAAGAAGGAAAUGAGCAUGAAUCUGAAGAACAAGAAGGAGAAGACGAACAAGAGGAAGAUGAAAGGGGUGGAGAAAAUGACGAGAUAGAUGAGAAUGUUCUAGAUCAAUCAGAAGCGGAUACUGAUCAUGAUGAAGAGCUCGUGGAUAAUGAGAAAGACCAAGAAGAGGAUGAUCCGGUUGAAAACGACGGCAGUCAUGAAGCUCGGGAGGAGCAAUACAAGGGGGAUGAUGCUUCUAGUGCUGUGACUCAUGAUACUGGUACAACUAGCACUGAAACUGAGUCAAAUUUAAUAAACUCUGAUGCAAAAUCAGAAAUGAAAAACAGGAAAUUAGGUAAUAGACCGAAAAGUCACAGGAACCAAAAUAGUUCAAAUUUGGAAUUUAGAGAUGCUGAAUUGGCGGGUGGGACUUCUUACGAUGCCAGCCUGUUGAACGCAGUGAAUAGCUCACAUCUAGACAAUGUUACCUUGACAUCUUUGGACAAUCAUUCAGAAGCUGGCACUAAUCUGGAAAUAGUGAUUCCUGGAGGUAGCAAUAACUCGACAGGAAUCAGUAUCAAUACUUCAUUUGAACUGAAUGAAACGGUAAUAUUGUCUGAAUCAAACCAAUCUCAAAAUGGUACCAUGAACACAACAGUCAGUGGAGAUGUAAAAAAUGUGCCACCAGAAGGAUUAGUGCAGGGUGGCAAUAGGGUCUCUGAAGAAAACCAUCCUAGUUCUAACUCAACAGUCCCUGUUGAAAUAGAAAAGGGAGAUGCAGCGGCAGGUGAAUCUUCUGAUCUAGAGGGUGGUGAAUUAGAAAAGACAACAAAAUCUAUGACAUCAAAUGAAAUACAGAACAGUAACACUGAAAUGAGUGAAACAAAAAAUACUCAGAAUAUUUUUUAUGUGAAAGAGAACACUGAUGCUACUAAGAUUGGAUUCAAGGUUGAUACACAAACAGAUGAAACAUCGUACUCAUCCUCUAGCAUAGGAACUUCUGACCCAGUUGAACACCAUGACACUGAUCCAUCUGAUUUUCACAUCCUCAAGAGUGUGACAGAGGUCCAAACUGAUCUGGAUACGUUGGCAGAUAUUAGAAAUGAAGGAAAAAUUGGUGGCGCCACUGCAACAGACUAA